AUGACCAACACCGUCUUCCGCCGGCCAAUGAGGAACAAGGUCACCUGGAUACACCCUCGAUCGCUGCGCUGGCAGCCGCUGGACUGCGUUCUCGUGCGGGCUAGCGAUCGGCAGGGCGUGCUGAUGACCGAUGCGAUCUGCGACUCCGAUGGCUGGACGGACCACUGCUUCGUCAUCUCCAAGAUGAGGCUCCGUCUGCAAGCCCACGGGAGGCCACAAGUUAAGCGACCCCUGGGUAAGUUGAAUAUCGCCUUGUUGUUUAUGCCUACUCACCGUUUACACUUCAGAAACCAACUGACUUAGCGGCUAGGAGACCUGCCAGUCGCAGAUGAAAACGCCUUCGUGGAAACCCGAUGUUGCCGACUGCGGGGGACCGUCCAUUCGACCGUCCCGGGCGUCUUCCGUUGCCCUCGUUGCCAGCACCAGGACUAGUUCGACGAAAAUGACGCCGCCAUCAGUAAUCUGUUGGCCGAGAAGAACGGGUUGCAGAGAGCCAACCUCGACUACCUAACCGACGCGAAAAAACGGCCUUCUACCAAUGUCGCCGCCUUGCACAACAACGGUAGCAAAUACAGGACGCCUGGAUGGCUCGUAAGGCCGAUGAGAUCCCCGUGUAUGCCGACCGCAACGAAUCAAAGAACUUCUUCCCUGCGAUGAAGGCAAUCUACGACCCCCAGCCAAAAGAACUGUGCCGCGUCUCAGCUCCUAUGGAUUAACGCUUUUGACGAAGGGGCUCCAGGUCCUGAAGCGCUGGGCUGAGCACUUGGGAAGCUUCCUCAAUCGUCCCUCCACAAUCUCCGACGCCGCCAUCGAUCGGUUUCCCAAGGUGGAAAUCAAUGUCGACCUGGAUCUCCCACCCUCGCUAACAGAAACCAUUCGCGCCAUGCAACAACUAUUCAGCGGGAAGGCCCCAGGCUCCGAGGCGGUCACAGCUGAAACCUACGAGCACGGUGACCACCAAUCGAUAAACCAACUAACGUCGCUGUCUCAGGAGAUGUGA